AUGGGCUCCCACAUAGACCCUACCCGUCAAGGCAGAGGCAUCCUCUGGACCCUUCCCAUCGAAGUCGUCAUCCAGAUCCUCUCCUACACCGACGACUUCUACGGCCUCCAUAGCCUCAUCUCAGUCUCCCCAUACGCAGCCUCCGUCCUGACGACCUACCCAGCCCUAAUUCUGGACCAAAUCACCCGAUCGCACCCACUCUUCCGUCUAGACCUGAGCGUCUCGGGAUCCGGCCUCUUCCCACACAUCGACUGGAUCUUCUGGACCAUCGCCCUGGCAAUUAGCGGACCGUCCUUUGACUACGAGUCUCUUUCUCAGCAUGUCAAUAUUUCAACUGAUUCCACGCCUAUAUCUCUCAAGGAUUUGUUGUCUGGAGAAAAUGCCCCCUCGAUAGCCCUAGCUCUGAUCGACAUGGCGGCGAGCAUCCAACGGCUCGCCUGCGCUUGUUUGUCGCGGAUGGUGGAGAAUCUCCAGCCCGCCGUGUCCAACUCGAGUAUCCUUUCUGAAUGUGUAGAUCGUGACUUUCCACCCCCGAAUUCAAUACCCUUCAGCUGGGUCGAGGAGUACCGUGUUUACCGCGCCCUCUGGCAUCUGCAGCGCUAUUCGCUUCUCCGGGAGUUGGCCCGCAAGUGGAACUGGAGCGAAGAAAAUCUCGCCCAGCUGGAUCGGUAUGCGAAAUUUAGUGAGGGUGUCAAGGGGGGAUUCAUGGAAGAAAUUCUCUCUGUCUCAGAAGCCUUGCAAGAUCUGGGGAUAGUGCCAGAUCCAAAACCCCCUCCCACACCGCGCCAUCACCCCAAUUCAGCACUGGACUCCCUAAUGCGCCUUGACCCCGUCGCCAUCGACCUGGGCGAGACCAUCCCACUAUUCAACUUCCGUGAGAUGAACCUAGACUCUCCCGGAAUAUGUCAGAAACGCCUGCAGCAAAGUCAAUCCCAGUCGAUGGUAGCAUGGAGGGUAUGGACGCCCCCGCCCGUCCCGGCGAACAACGACAUCAAUUACGCCUGGGAACGCGAAGCGAGACACGCACUGUCCAUGUCCGCGCCCAGCAUCAGCAGCUGGAUGGAAAUGAGUUUCGACUUCGCGUAUGGCACGCCCUCGCGCUUCCUGCUCCCGGGGUACGGGGGCGAGAUCCAGUCGUUUCGACGCCUGGGUGUUUUUCUCUGGGACCAUUGGCGCAUGUAUGUAUCUGGGCUCGUGACGCCGUGGUUGUAUUUGCGCACUGAGACGCCGAACGGAAGUCCGAUUGGGCCGAGUCGGCAUGGGAGGAACGAGAGUCUUGAUGCGAUGCGGUUGAAGUGGUGGUCGUUGGUUGGGAGGUAUCCCGCUCGUGAAAGCGAUGUCCAAGCGGUGGUGGAAGGAAGUCACAGCGAAUUCGGUAGUGUAGCGUAG